GAUUAUAGAAAAAGAACACAACAAACAAUUUCCUUCCUCUGCCUUGCAAAUCACAUCUUCCCCCUAUUAACAAACAAACAAAACUCUUAACACCAAAGAUUCAGGAAAUCGAUUGCUUCCUUCUACGGAUUCUUCAAACAAACCAAAAGCCGGCCAACACGAAUAUGCUGUUUUCAAUUUCAUCAACUCCAAAUUACUCAUCAUCCCUUUUUCCUUUCGCCAACACCGCAAGAGACAGAGAGGGCUGCGAGAGCUACAUAUAGAACACGUUCCAUUUGCACGAACAGAGAAAAAUCAAACUAGCAGUAUGGAGAAAAAUAGGAACUCGCUGAUGCUCUGUUUCUCUGCGAUGCUGCUGUGGUUUCUCUCCGCCGUUGCCGCCGGCGGCGGCUAUCUGUACACUUCCUGCAGCCCCGACAAGUACUUCAAGGGCGACAACGAACUCCGGACGGGCAUCACGGUGGUGCUCCAGAAUCUGGUUCAGUACUCAUCAUCGGAUCCAGGGGGAACCGAGAUCAAUUGGGAAUUCCAAUACCCUGCCGACGAUCCUCACGUCUACGGCGUCGCCUUUUGCGGGCGGCCGGAACCGGAGGAAUGCAGGUGGUGCCUCAGGAGGGCGAGGAAGAUGCUCCUCCAUGCAUGUUACCACAGCGCCGGUGCUGAGUUCCGCUCCGACCUUUGUUACAUGAGAUUUGAGUUUUAUAAUUUUCAUAAAAGGACUAAUAAGAUUUUUGCCAUGAAAGAGCGGGGUUUUCGAUGAUUCGAAUUGUCGAGAGAGGUUCAAUCAUUUGAUCGUAUUAUCAGUCACUAACAAAUACGGCAUAGGUUGUAUUCUCCGCCUUUCGUUGAUGUACUGUUCGAAGGUAGUGCAAUGCUUAUGUAUCCUUUUUUUACUGUUUUGGUUAAUAAGAGAGGAGGAAAAUAAAAGAGUGAUCGUUUGGUUUUGGUGAUAGUUUAGAUGAGAUUGUUACAAUGUGUGCAUUGUAUAUCUACUAAAAUUUGAAAUUGUUG